AAAAGUUUAGUCACGGACGGGCAAAAGGGAGGAUUGGGAGGAUUCGUUUUGGAGUUCUUCUUCUGUCAACUGGCAGCAGGUCAUCGAAUUUUCAUUUCGGCUUCAUUUUUUUUGCAAAGCCGAACACGGGUGGUGUUGUAAAAAACGUUAAUUCUACGGUGAGCCGUUCGGGAUACUUCCGAGUUUCUUUUGUGCUGCGGUUCGUUUCUAGCGACCACUGUGCUGCUAUCCGUACCGAGAAAUCGGGUGGAUUAGACGAAAAAUAAGCCAAACGGAACACGCACCGGGAGUGACGUGAGUGAAAAAUUAAGACAAAAAAGACGAGACGAAGGUGAAAAUUUUUCAUCGUCCGUAGAAUUUGCUUUUCCUCUGCUUCUUGUCUACGUGGGAUUCGCGACUGUGCUCGGCGAGGAACAAAGCGACCAAACCGGAAACGGCAUCGAGUUCCGGUACUGCGACUACUACUUAGCGCUGAGGGAGAAUCGAUCCGUCCGACACAGGAGCAUCGGAACUAUCUCUCAAAUCGUCAAUCAUGUCCAGUGGUGUAGUGGUACCGCGUAACUUCAGGCUCCUGGAAGAGCUUGAAGCCGGCCAGAAGGGUGUCGGAGAUGGGACAAUCUCCUGGGGGCUGGAGAACGAUGACGAUAUGACUUUGACUCAUUGGACUGGAAUGAUCAUCGGUCCCCCUAGGACGCCAUAUGAAAACCGGAUGUAUUCGUUGAAAAUCGAGUGCGGCGACCGUUACCCAGACGAGCCGCCAACACUGAAGUUCAUGUCGAAAAUCAACAUCAACUGCAUCAAUAGUCAAAAUGGAGUGGUUGAUCAUCGAAUGGUUCCCGUGCUGAAUAGAUGGAAUCGUGAUUACACCAUAAAGACAAUUCUUCAGGAGAUUCGUAGGAUUAUGACUCUAAAGGAAAAUUUAAAGUUAACACAGCCACCGGAAGGCAGUUGCUUCUAGUGGCCUUAAGUUAAAAUGAGAAUUCGAUUCAUGAUUAAGAAGAAAAAAUCUGAAACAAAACAAUACUGUGGGCUCGUAGUUCUUGCUCAGCACUCGUUUGGUUUUCUUUUUGCUAGUUCAUCUCACUUUGAUAAUCGUUAUCGGAGCCUUUCAGCGUUCAUGCAUGCGUGCUCGCUGCUCCAACUGCGUAAGCAAAUAGCCUGUGGAAAUUAAACAAAAAAAAUAACAACAAAACUAUUUCCUAAGAUGUAAAAUCUUCUACAGUGAGCGCUCCCAUUGUUGCAACUCUGUUUUUGUGUUUCUAAAUCCACCAUUAAAAAAAAAAGAUUAGAUUAAACGAAGAGUUGCUGGCAAAAUGAGUUUAAAUAGCGGCUAUAAUCUUUGAGAUAACUUUCCCUCAUACACCCUCACUCAUGCUCUUAUAACCCUGGCAAGAAUAUAUCUGUUAAUUUGAAGUGAAAAUAUGGAUGGAGAAAACAUAAAAAAAAUUGCUUUAUAAUUGUGACAGAAAUUAAAAAGGCCCCUUAACCAUUUAAAAUUUGGGCUGGUUGAUGAAAUUAAAUCGAAUUAGUAAUUACAGCCGAUACCUAAAGGAAAGAAAGAAAAAAAAAAAACAAUGGAUACAAUAAACAACAACCAUUAUUCUCUCGAUUGCUUUCAA